AUGCAUAAAGAAUAGAUUAGGUGUAUAUCUUUUAAUGAAUCUCAAAAUUACUUAAUUUCUUGUGGUGAUGAUAAUCUAAUUAAUAUUUAUAAAUUAGAAAAAAUCAAUAAAUAAUGGACAACAAUUUAAUAAAUUAAAGUAGAUUAAUGUGGAUAUAGAUUGUGCUUUAUUGGAGAAAAUUAAUUCGUAUUUUAACCAAGAUGUUCAGCAAAACUUGAAGUAUAUUAAUAUUAUAAUGAUGAUUAUAAGUAUAAAAAGAUUUUAGAGUAAUAAGUUUAAACUAGUCAAUAUUGUAAUCAUUUAUUUCCUUAAAAAUGGGUAAAAUCUAAAUCUAUUUUAUUAAAUAAAGCUGGAAAUUAUUUAAAUGUGAUUAAAGUUCACUAAAAUGGACAAUUUUUAAUUGAACAAGUGAUUGAUUUUGGAACUGCAUGUUUUUAUGGAACUAUUUCUGAAGAUGGUAAUGAUAUUAUAACAUGGGAUUAUGAAUCAAAUCAAAUUUAAAUAAGAAGAAAUUCAUUAAUAAUAUGA